UGGUAACCAAGCGCUCCGGUUGGUCGGCCUUAGCCUCGGGCCGGCUGACGGGGGGCGUUCCCGCCUCGAGCCCGGUACAUAAGCACAGCAGGAGGAGGAGUCGGGGCUCAGUGUCUGCCUGCCUAAGUGCUGUGCUGCGCUGUGCCCGACUACUCUUCUGCUGCUGGCUCUCCUGGCUCGAGGUAGGUUACCGUCACGCAGGGAUUGUCGCGGGCUCACGGACAUCCCUUAGCUAGGAUAGGAGCACCUGGGUGGAGGAUUAGGUAGUGUUGGCGCCGCCCAGCAAGAGGGUUCGCCGCAGUGUGUAUACGCGAGAAAAUUGUCACGCGAUUUUAUAAUUUCGAAUUCAGUAUUUUGUUUCCGUCUCAGCUGGAGUUUAUUGCAAGUUUAUUGCGCUAAAUUGAAUAUGGAGUAUAGUUAGGUGAUAUUUUGUGUUAAGUGUUAACAUAUUUUGAACCCCGCAGACUCAUAAACGGCAACAUGGAACUCAAGAGAGAUAUGUUUGUUUCUAUUAUUUGAGUAAGAAGAUGCUCGAAUAGUGCAAUUAGACCGUAUUGAGUGCGGUGGUAAAGGCCAUAAUUGAUUUGCUGAUUUAGCGUAAUCAAAAGUUUAUGAGUCUUCGAUUAACUUUUAUGAAAAGACAUUUUAAACUGAGUUAUUUUAAAACACGUUACCGUGAAGAUUUAUUCUGCGUUUUGAAGCCAGAAUCUUCAGCCAGCCACUGUAAGUCUAUCGCAGCUUUACUAUUCUCAAACCUUAAGUAUUGAAUAUGGACAAACUCACCGUGUAUCAACUGAAAUGUGAGCUAAAGGCCCGCGGGAGAGGGACCACAGGGAAUAAGGCUGAUCUGGUUGCUUCGCUGCGUGAUGCAUUAGACGAAGAAGGAAUUGAUUUUGAGAGUUGGGCUGAAUUUGUCCCAAGUAAGGCCGCUGGGAUAUUUAACGCAAAUGAAAACAUGCCCCCAGCUAGUGCCGCCUUACCGAGUGGGCAACGAAGGAAUACCGUCGAAAUUACUGGAAGUGGCGAAGCUCCUCAAAUAAGCGAUACUAUUUCUAUCCAAACAUCUGCAUCGGCCGCUGAAAUGACAAGGUUAAAAUUGAUAGAAGAAGACGCGCUUCGUGCGGGCUUAGAAGCACAGCUGAAAAUUGUGCUAGAAAAACAGGAGUUAGAUAGAAAGAUGUCUGAAUUGGCAAGACAGAAGGAAAUUCUUGAAUAUACAGAGGCUAUAGAAAUUUCUAGAGCCAAGGUGAGGGCGCUAGGUAGACAUGAAGACCAUGAAAUAGUUGAAUCGAAUCGCGACAAAGAGACCCCGAGAUCGAUAUCGAAUGCUACGAACGACACGAACACGACAAACCGAAGGAGCCACGACGGCCAUCUAAAUACUGAGAGCAGCAAUAUUGCAGGACUGUUGAGACGAGAAAGGGAAAUAACUGCUGGGUUGAUGCGCUUGCCGCCUGUUGAAUUGCCCAAAUUUGGAGGUGAUGUUACUGAAUUUCCUCAUUUCAUGAAGGCAUUUAACCUAAAAAUUGCCUCAAAGCUGUCCACCGACGAAGAAAGAUUAUUUUAUUUAGAGCAGAAUAUGAUUCCAGAAAGCAAGCCACAUAGUAUCGUUACAGCUUGCUUAUACCUGGAUAACGGCUACGAAGAAGCUAAGAACCUUCUCACACGACGGUACGGUUCAGAGAGCGUUUUGGCAGCGGCAUUUGUUGAUCAAUUUGAAAAUUUAUUGCAGUUGAAACCAGACGAUAUUGAAGGGUUAGACCAUUUUGCACUGGAGCUUAUGAAGUGCAAGAAUGCCUUUGGUGUAAAUAGCGCAGCCAUGAGUGACCCCAGAACCCUGAGGAGUAUAAGCGCCAAGUUACCCGUUCACUCGCAACACAGAUGGCGACAUCGAGCCGACUCCAUUAAUGAAAAUGAGGGUAGAGCAGUGGUGUUUGAUGAUCUAGUGAACUUCGUUGUACAGGAGGCAAGAGUUGCAACCAAUCCUGUGUUUGGAAAUCGUGGGUCAAAUGCAACUGUAAGGCAAAAUAACUCUGUCACUGUGGGCAGAUUUCGUUCAAAACCGCUGGUGGCCGCGACACGGAUGGUUAGUGCCGGAGCAAGCCCAUGUAUUCACUGUCAAGAUAAGGGGCAUGAACUCACCGAUUGUAGUUGCUUUGCGAAGUUGCCACACCAGGACAAAAUUGCCAUUAUUAGGGAUUCAGCGCUGUGUUACGGCUGCUUGAAGCAAGGCCAUCGCAGUACUGACUGUAGACGACGAGCUAGCUGUUCCAUUUGUGCUUCCCGACAUCCUACAUCUCUCCAUAUCAAUAGAUCAGGAGGCAACAGUGAAAGAUCAGAAAAUGGUGUCCCAAAUGUAACAUCUUGCACCACGAAAGGUGGUGCAUCCGUCUCAUUUAGACCGGCUCUCCCGAUCGUCCCUGUUGUCCUACAUCACGGUCUUGAAAGGAAAUGUACACUUGCUUUUCUGGACAGCGGAUCAACUCAUUCAUUUAUUUCAGAAGGAUUGCUUAAAACUUUGAAACUACAGAGCCUGCCACAGACCAGACUAUCGCUGACAACAGUUGACAGAGAAGUUAGCAUCACGACACGAAUAGUCAACGGAGCUUGGUUGUCGGACGAGAAUGGUGGGAACAUUUUAGAGCUGCCUCAGUUGUUUUCUCUCGAAAAAAUUCCAGUGGACUUUGCUGAUUUUCCUACUCAAACUGAAAUAAGUAAAUGGAAACAUCUGGAAGGGGUCAAACUAGAUCUGUGCCAAAAUGAAGAAGUUGAACUUUUAUUGGGCUCCAACGCCUUUUUAGCCAUGGAACCAUUAGAAGUGGUGACAAGCAACGGAGAGGGUGGUCCUUUUGCCGUGCGAACAAGAUACGGAUGGGUUGUGAGCGGUCUCCGUGGGGUAUCAUCACCAUUUCCAGCGAAAUGUUACAAAACACUGGUACAUCCUGAGUUGCAACACCUUGAAGGGCUUGUACAACAGCUAUACAACAAGGAACAUGAAGAAAAUCUACAUUCAAAUAAAAUGGGACCAUCUGUUGAGGACAAGAAAUGGGAGAAAUUCGUUCACGCGUCAACUAGACUGAUUAAAGAUCAUUAUGAGGUGGGACUACCGGUUGUAGAUGAAGGGCUGAUUCUGCCAAAUAACAGGAAUAUGGCGGCAAGCAGGCUACUGAGCUUGAGAAAUAAGCUUAGGCGGAGUGAUAAAUUGGCGUCCGAUUACAAGCUAUAUAUGAAAAACAUGUUGCAAAAUGGUUUCGCAGAGCCCGUACCAAAUGCCGAUUUAUCCAGAAAUGAUGGUAAGGUAUGGUAUCUUCCACAUCACGCCGUUCAGCAUCCCCAAAAACCGGACAAGGUUCGCAUUGUAUUUGAUGGCGCCGCAACCUUUAAAGGAAUCUCUUUAAAUGACAAUCUUUUGCAGGGACCAGACCAAACGAAUGCACUUUUAGACGUGUUGACCAGAUUCCGUAUGGAGAACAUAGCUUUCACAGCCGAUAUUGAAAAUAUGUUCCAUCAAGUUUAUGUUCCAGAGUCUGACCGCGAUUUAUUCAGAUUCCUGUGGUGGAAAGAUGGCGAUCCUCAAAAUGAUAUAUUGGAAUACCGCAUGAAAGUUCAUGUUUUUGGAGCCACUUCUUCACCCAGUAUAGCAUGCUUUGCAUUACGCAAGACAGCUUUAGACAACCGAGGGUGUUUCUCGAAUGAAAGCUGUGCUACUAUUGAGAAGAAUUUUUACGUCGACGACUUGCUGAAGGCAAUGCCUGACGAAGGAAGCGCUAUACUGCUGCUUCGAGACCUGAUGGUUUUGUGCAAACGAGGGGGAUUUACUUUAAAGAAGAUUUCGAGCAAUAGUUCCGCUCUGAUUGCAUCCAUUCCUAGCGAAUCGCGGUCUAAGCAAUUGGCGUACUGGACCAGCGAUAGUAGUCACCUUCCCACUGAGCGAGUAUUGGGUGUAAUCUGGGACACUGAACAAGAUGUGUUAAAGAUGGCAUUGGAUCACGACAAGCUAGUUGCCCGGCCGAUGACAAGACGAGGAUUACUGUCAGCUGUAAGCUCCUUGUAUGAUCCAAUUGGCAUGUCAUGCCCAUCCAUGCUGAAGGGACGCCUCAUCUUGCAAGAAUUGAGCAGGCUACAUAAUGGAUGGGAUGAUAGUAUUCCGCCUGUCAAGCAGCAAGAGUGGACGGCUUGGCUAUCAGCUCUAAAUGAAGUGAAUGAAUUGUCAGUGAAUCGUUGUGUAAAACCUGAUAACUUUGGAGACGUAGUAUCUUGUCAACUUCAUCAUUUUGCUGACGCCAGUGAAGUAGCAUACGGAACGGUUUCUUACAUCCGGCUUACGAAUGCCAAAGGACAAAUCUGUUGUUCUUUUCUCAAGGGCAAGAUGCAUUUAGCGCCUCUCAAAGGAGCUACAAUACCUCGUCUGGAGCUCAUGGCGGCAACGACGGCGGUAAAAAUAUGCUCCCUGAUAGGUGAUACCAUUGAAUUCGAUGAUGUCGAGCAUAUAUUUUGGACUGACAGCACCACCGUUUUAAGGUACAUUCAGAACAAAGCGAAGCGUUUUCACACCUUUGUAGCAAAUAGAUUGGCAAUAAUCCACGAUGGGUCAAGGCCAGAACAAUGGAGGUAUGUCAAUAGUUCAGACAAUCCAGCUGACGACGUGUCUAGGGGUGUCCAAAGUAAGAGAUGGCUGAAUGGACCUGAAUUCCUUUGGAAGGACAAAGGCUUUUGGCCCUCAGCACCGAUCGCCUUCAGGGAGGUGACGGAGGACGACCCCGAAGUGCGAAAAACGGCGAUAUGCGCUAAAACUGCGAUUGUACCAGAUUCUGAAACUCCGAUGGAGCGGCUCAUUUUACAUUAUAGUCAGAAAGAAUCCCUGCUCAGAGGAUUGUCGUGGCUGUCACGAUUUACAAGAUCACUUAAGGAAGGACAGAAGGGGUUUAUAAAAAUGUCUCCCCCUUUGUGCUAUGAGGAGCAACGUGAAGCAGAAAAGAAAAUAAUUCGACAUAUACAAGAACAUGAAUUUCCAAGGGAGUAUGAAAACCUGUCAGUUGGCGCUGAGGUACCAAGAACCAGUCGAUUAGUGAAGCUUCACCCUUUCAUGCAAGACGGUAUCAUUAGGGUAGGUGGAAGAUUAGCAGAGGCUUCGAUUUUAGAAGAAACAAAACAUCCUAUCGUUAUUCCGAGUCGUGGUCAUUUUACAGAACUACUCAUUACGGACGCCCAUGAAGCCGUAGGGCACAGUGGGAGACAGUUCACGCUAGCGAAACUUCGAAAACGUUUUUGGAUUCUGAAGGGAAUUUCAAGUGUAAGACGUGUUCUAAACAGUUGUUUGAGUUGCACUAAACUCUACCGACCACCUGAAUCACAACAAAUGGCCAAUCUUCCGUCUGACAGAGUGCAAGCUCAAGAGCCACCGUUUACGCGAACAGGUGUGGAUUACUUUGGACCAUUUUAUGUCACUCAAGGUCGUUCACAGGUCAAGAGAUAUGGGGUCAUAUUCACCUGUCUUGCUAUCAGGGCCGUACAUCUGGAGGUUGCUGAAAAUCUGACGUCAGACUCAUUCAUUUGCGCCCUGCGCAGAUUCGUUGCACGUAGAGGUAAUGUUCAAAUACUAAGGUCUGACAACGGAACAAAUUUUACUGGAGCCUUUUGAUUACGCUAAAUCAGCAAAUCAAUUAUGGCCUUUACCACCGCACUCAAUACGGUCUAAUUGCACUAUUCGAGCAUCUUCUUACUCAAAUAAUAGAAACAAACAUAUCUCUCUUGAGUUCCAUGUUGCCGUUUCUGGAAUACAUGACAUCACGUCAUACAACUUGGAGACAUAGGUUUAAGGACAACAACACUAUGCAUUUACCUAAAUCAUCUCAUACAAGAUCUAACGUUACAGAUAUAACCAAGAUCGUCACUCUCACUACUAACGAAAGUCGUGUCUAUUACCACAACAAAAUGCGUACUUACAUGAGUCUACAUGAGUCUACAUAUAAAAUCGCGUGACAAUUUUCUCGCGUAUACACACUGCGGCGAACCCUCUUGCUGGGCGGCGCCAACACCCACCCCCUUGAAACCACGAGGGGUCGAAAACGAGAGGUUUCAAUUUAACUUCACCAGUUUUGUCACUGGGCGCUGCAUUACUGUCCCUCUUGUUCGGACAGUCGCAGAUCGAACCAAUCCAUCGGAACUAGUUCGAACAGCUUCAAUCAAACCGAGUGGCCACUGGCCUCUGGGAACACUAUCAUCAACAAGCAGAACUGUGUCUCCUGGUUGAAAGUUCUUUCUUGUUUCUGUCAUAACGUGCCUUUCUUGUAGAGUCGGUAAGUAUUCGGAUCUCCACCGUGUCCAAAAAACAUUUGCGAAAUGACGAGCUUGCUUCCAUUUUUUUCUAUUUCCAUGGUCCGCCUGGGAGAAGACUCCGAAUGGUAACGUUACACCAUGUCCUCCCAGAAGAAGAAUGUCAUUUGGCGAGAGAGGUGGAUCGUCCCUGACGUCGCUAGAUACUGGCGUAAGCGGUCUACUGUUCAGUAUGUUUUCAACUUCACAAAAUAUGGUUCGGAGUGUCUCUUCCUUGAGCGAUUGCGAUGUUAAAAGGGAUUCGAGUAUUCUUCGUAUGGAUCGUAUCUGACGUUCCCACACCCCACCAUGAUGGGAGGCGCCUGCCACGUUGAAUUUCCAUGUAAUUCCUCGCUUGAGCAUUGCUCUUUGUAACACAUGCUCAUUUUCUGAUAACCUUGUCAUCUCUAAGCGCAGUUCCCUGUUGGCUCCAGUAAAAUUUGUUCCGUUGUCAGACCUUAGUAUUUGAACAUUACCUCUACGUGCAACGAAUCUGCG